CAGCAGUGAUUACCCCACUCACCUCGUGUCCGCUGUUAUAUCGAUAAACAGUGUGCAGUAAACCGCUGAUCGAUCAUUUUAAUGCGGUGAAGUGAGAAAGCUGUAGAUUAGGCUAACGAUGCUAAGCUAGCACCAGUUGAUCUGAUGCGUUCCUGCGUUGAAUGAAUGUGUGACUCGUCAGCCUUCCCAGGAUUAAAUACCCGCACUUUCAACUGAAACAGAAUUUGCUUUUUACUUCAAACCUGCAAUUAAACAUUUACGUUAAGCAUGGAGACGUUUGAAAGCGAAAGAGCUCCACUGCCCAGGAACAUGAUUGAGAACAGCAUGUUUGAGGAAGAGCCAGAUGUGGUGGAUUUGGCGAAGGAGUCCCCAUCCUACCCCAUCGACUCGGACGAUGUGGUCUAUGAACCCCGCAGCUCGCGACUGUUAGUCCGAGGCCUUGGAGAAAACGACCUGGAUGAAGAUGAGGAAGAUUACGAAUCAUCUGCCCGUCUUCUUGGAAUGUCCUUCAUGAAUCGCAGUUCCAACCAGCGCAGCAUUGCCUCAUCCUACACCCGCCAGCAGCAUUCUGGAUCGUGCUCGAAGCCUUCGACUAAGACAACGGUGGUAGGUGUUCUCAUCCUGGUGCUGGUGGCCUCCAUGUUUAUGGUCAUCUACUUCCUGCCAGGCUGCACUUUCACCAGAAAAGGCUGCCAGAAGACCAAUUCGACCAUGGACAGCAUCUAUCCCACUUCCACAAGUGGUGAACUUUUCCCAUGGACCGAGUUGAGGUUACCGCCUAGUGUGCAUCCUGUGCAUUACAAUAUUUCACUCCAUCCCAACCUGGCCCUCAUGACCUUCCAAGGCUGUGUAUCCAUCUUGGUGCAAGUCUUGCAUGAAACGAAGAAUAUUGUCCUUCACAGUUCUGAUAUGAACAUAAGCAAGGUCACUUUUGACGGUAAAGAGGUCCACGUCCUGGAGUACAAACCUUGGCAGCAAAUCGCCAUCAAAUUUCCAGAAGAUCUUAAGAAGGGACAGUAUGUUUUGAACAUUAACUACACAGCAAAGCUCUCCAACAGCUAUGAUGGCUUCUACAACAGCUCAUAUGUCGACACAAAUGGUACAAAAAGAGUUUUGGCCGCUACUCAAUUUGAGCCCUUGGCUGCUCGCAAGGCUUUCCCUUGUUUUGACGAGCCAGCUUUUAAAUCAACUUUUACAAUUAAGAUGACCAGAGAACACAAGUACAUCAGCCUUUCAAACAUGCCCAAGGUCAAAACCACAGAUUUAAAAAAUGGACUUCAAGAAGAUGAAUUUGAAAAAAGUGUUAAAAUGAGCACUUACCUAGUUGCAUUUAUUGUGGCUGAAUUCAUCGGUGUCAGUAAUAAUGUCUCUAAAACUAUGGUGUCUGUGUAUGCCAUUCCAGACAAAAAGGAUCAAGUGCAGUAUGCUCUGGACACAGCUUGUAAACUGUUGGAGUUCUACAAUACAUUCUUUGAGAACGAUUACCCGUUAAGCAAGCUGGAUCUAGUGGCCAUUCCUGACUUCCUCGCCGGAGCCAUGGAGAACUGGGGACUAAUCACAUUCCGUGAGACGACUUUGCUAGUAGGGAGUAAUUCCUCCUCUAUAGACAAGCAACUGGUGACCUCUGUCAUUGCUCAUGAACUUGCCCACCAGUGGUUUGGAAAUCUUGUCACUAUGAGAUGGUGGAAUGAUCUUUGGCUGAAUGAAGGAUUUGCAACCUACAUGCAGUACAUGUCGAUUGAAAAUGUGUUCCCAGACCUUAAUAUAGACAUUGAAUUCUUAAAUGUUCGCUUUAAAGCGCUGACCAAAGAUGCAUUGAACUCAUCCCACCCAGUGUCUACUGUGGUGAGCACACCUGAGCAGGUGGAAGAGAUGUUUGACUCUGUGUCUUAUGAGAAGGGGGCUUCAAUACUGCUGAUGCUCAAUGCAACACUCACAGAUGGGGAGUUUCGAAAAGGAGUGAUUGAGUACUUACAAAAGUAUAACCUAUCAAACACUGAAAGUGAAGACUUGUGGAACAGUCUUUCCCAGGUGAGCAAACAAAACUUAAGUGUAUCUGAGAUGAUGAACACCUGGACUGUUCAUAAGGGCUUUCCUCUGGUCACAGUGAAGAGAAAUGGCACUCAAGCGACACUGACACAAGAACAUUUCCUUCUGAAUGCUGAAAACAGCACGGACGACAGCAGCUUGUGGCAUAUUCCCCUGACGUAUGUAAAUGACAGCUGUAGUUUUCUCAGCUCCUGCAAGCAAGUGUUCCAUCUCAAGGACAAAACAGCCACGUUAAAUCUUCCAGAUCAGGUGAAGUGGCUGAAGUUCAACUUCAGGAGUGAUGGCUUCUACAUAGUGCAUUAUGAUGAGGAGGGAUGGAAGAACUUGAUUGAUGCUUUGAAGGGGGAUGUGAAUGUCCUCUCCUGUAAAGACCGAGCAGCUCUCAUCAAUAACAUCUUUGCUCUCUCUAGUUCGGGCAAGGUGUCUUUCAGACAGGUCUUAAAUCUAAUGGACUACAUCAGAAAUGAGACCGAAACGGCUCCCCUGACUGAAGCUCUCUUCCAGCUUGGGGAGAUCUACAGGUUGCUGGACAAACGAUCAGAGUUGAACUUGGCCUCUAGAAUGACGAGUUACAUUGAUGACCAUUUCGGAAGUUUAAUGGCAAAUCAGUCAUGGGACCUGGAAUCUUCUGUGUCAAAGAUGACGCUUCGGUCUGCCCUGCUGGAGAUGGCAUGUUCCCUUAACAUUCGUAACUGCUCAACACAGGCCAAUCAUCUGUUUGAUCAGUGGUUCUCUUCCAACAAGACUUCUCAGAUUCCCAGCGAUCUCAUGAGAACAGUCUUCAAAGUGGCUGCUCAGACCGAUGAAGGAUGGGGUAAGCUUCUAGACACAUAUAAACACUCCAUCAAUGACCAAGAGAAACGCAAGACACUGGAAGCUUUGGCCAGCACUCAGGAUAUACUGAAAAUCAUUUGGAUUCUACAGAAAAGUCUUGAUGGAAGUGAGAUUCAAACUCAAGAAUUUCCUUUGGUGAUCAACGCAAUUUGCAAGAACUUUGCUGGCUACCUCUACGCUUGGGAUUUUGUGAAGGAGAACUGGGAUAAAAUCACUCAAAAGUUUCCUGUUGGAUCCUUUGCCAUUCAGAGCAUCAUCAUGUCCGCAACCAGUCAGUUUUCCACAAAAACACAUCUCACGGAGACCCAGAACUUCUUCACUUCUCUGGGGACGAAAGGUUCUCAGAUGAGGAUCGUGCAGGAGGCCAUUGAGACCAUUAAGCUCAACAUGCGAUGGAUGGAAAAGAACUUGAACACGCUCCAGAGAUGGCUGUAGUGUGAGGAGGAGAUGGCUCCUCUCUCGUGCCUCUCACUUCCUCAGGUGACGUCACCGGGAACAUGCAGGUGUGAGUGAUAUUACCAUCACAACAGCCAUAAGUACCAUGUUAGGACAAACUCAAGACAGAAGGGCAGAUUUACUUAGACGUAAAGGGCCGUUUAAAAACAUUUCGGUAACACUUUCUAUGAAGCCCAUAUUUAUAAUACAUUAUAAGGGU